AAUUCAAGAUGGUUGUCUUCGGUAAGCCGACAAGUGUUCCUUACACUUGUUAUGAACUUGGACACACAUGGUCACCUUCCUGUACAAAAGCAUCCCUCGGAGUAUCCCUCGACGUCUUCAAAGAAGCCCUGAAAAUAUAUGGCAGCCUCUAUUUGAUUGCUGGUAUUGCAAAGAAAAGGGGCAAGAAAUAUUUUCAGCAGAAAUGGUUAGCAGAAACCUUUCAGUCGACCUUGUUCCUAACAACAAAUGGGACCCUAUUUUUGGUGUUUUUCUGUCUAUGGAGAAAGUUAACAGGAAUUUACAUUUUCCUCAAUGCAUUCCUGUGUGGAAUUCCAGCUUGUGCAAUGUCAAUAAGCAUAGAAAGGAAAGACAGGAAAAUCCUAGGCCGAUUCUUUUAUCCUACACUGUCAUUUAUUCCUGCUGCGUCAGCUUCGUAUGUGGGAAUCCUUGUAGAGAGGGCAUCAAGGAGGGGCCUUCUGGCUAUCUACAUGGCUAAUGUGGCCACAGAGACAUUCUACAGGAUGGCUGUGUCCAGAGGAUGGGUUGGCUCUCUACCACACGGGGAGGUACUGUUAUUCAGUGCUGCCAUGGCUGUUUAUCUCUACCUCUACAAGAGAAAUAGCCUGCCAGAGUCUACAAUCAAAGCUUUCAGAUUUCUGUUGGGUAAGGAUGAACUGCCAGCCUCCGUUCUGGAUGAGGAGCCUGCUGUCCAAAACUGCGCCUCCUCCCAGUCAGGACCUGUGACAUGGAUGGCUAGAUUCUCUACUGUACAGACAGUUCUGUCAUGGCUACAAAAUCAGUCAAAACAUCAUCUAUGUAAACAUCACCAUAGCUGUGUUUAUUAUGUAGUGAAGGGGUUCACCAAGAUGUUUGGAUUGGGCUUUGUGAUCCAGGGAGGAAUCAAGGUUGUCAGUGCCCUCCCAAGGCUUCUCAAACAUCCCAAUGCUCUCCUUCAGGCUGUCAAACACCGUGACAACUUCAGACUAGCUGCGUUCUUUGGAUGCUUCAAUGCUGUGUUCAGGGCUGUAAACUGCUGUUUACGACGUGCCCGUAACAGUGACAGUGAAUUGCAUGGUCUACUGGCGGGAUUCCUGGCGGGCUGGUCCAUGUUGUGGUACAAGAGCGUCACUCUUUCCCUCUACACUGCUUUUAAACUUGCAGAGGUGCUGUACUUUAAAGGAAUUGAGAAGAAUUUGGUGCCUUAUAUAAGAUGUGCUGAUAUUAUAAUAUAUUCCAUUUCCACUGCCUUUGUCUUUCAUACUGCAGUUGUUGAGCCUCACAAUCUGCGACCAGCCUACUGGAACUUCCUACUCCGUGUCACAGGCAACAAAUUUGCCUUGAUGAACAGACAGCUGAUGGAACCGUUUGUCCCUGGCUCAGCCAAACUGUUCCCAGACUUCUGGCCAGACUAUGAUUCUCGUUUUACUGAUCUUGUUCGUCCAGCGGAAUUGAUCAGGAGCUAACCUCAACUGAUACCAUAGAAAAUGUAAUGACCUUGGUAACGCACAUGGAUGUAUGUAACAGAGGACACUCAAGGACACAGUGACCUUCAUGACUUCAGCUAUCCCUGCUGAUAAUCUGUGAUUGUGUAUAUUUUGAUGAUCAGUAUUUCCAGGUUUUGUUUAGACAACCUAGUCAGGGUAUUUUACUCUUUCUUCUUUUUAAUUUUAUUUAGUCAAGAUCAGAAAGCUGUAAUAUCAGUUGUUUAGUUAGAAAACAAUUUACUUAUUAUUUGAUUGUUCUAAUAUUUGCUUGUUUGUGAUGAGUUUUGAACAGGUACAACUGUAUUCUCUUGCAUUAUUUAACCUGCCUGUUUAGGCCACUCCGACUCUGAUAUCUUACUUUUUCCUUUUUUAAGUUCCUAACAAAAAGUAGAAUUUUGUAAGUUUUUUAGGUACUUGAUUAUAAUUUUGACGUGGAUUAUUACAGAACUUGUAAAAGCAGUGGAAAUACAUAUAUUUAGAUAUUGCCAAAAAUAAUGACUGUCUGCUUAAGGUAUUUAUUAGUUUCAUGUGAUCUUUUUACUUUGCAGGAUUUGGCUUAAUGAAUUUGCUCACAAUUUUGUGAUAGCUGAGCUGAUAGCCAUCACAUGUACGUCUUUAGGGAAUUUUCAUCUGCAUAUGCAAUAUUUUAGCAUAUGAGUCAGGGGUCGACAUUAAGGCUUGUCCGCUUGUCCGGUAUCAGACUAAAUUGCUGUCGGACAAGUGAAAGUAUCAAAACACUUGUCCGACGGGACAAGUAACAAAUAUUGUCUUCAUGUUGUUUAUUUAUAUUCUGAAAUCAGCAUUCACAAGACUUCCCCUUAUACUUAUGAUAAAAAAGAAACGAAAACAUGGAUAGUGUACAUUGGAAGUGACUUGUUCAUAACAAAAUAGUUUAAUUCGGAACACUUUGCAGAUGAUAACUAAACUUUCCAUGUUUUUCAAAAAUAUUCAAUCAGCCCCAUUGGUGUCUUUGAAUUGAAUAUGCAUGUUGAAAAAAAAAGGAAUAUGAAUAAAAACGUACAAGAUAAUUUGAAGGACUAAAGUGGCAACAGAUGCUGAUUCUAUCAGGCUCGCUAUUUAUUGCAAGAUUUAGCACUUUGACCAUCCCCUUUCGGGUCAUGUACAGAGUUAUGGCCCUUUGUCCAUCGCCUUCUGGGUCACAUAAUGAGUUUCAGCCCACACUCUUCUCACUGGGUAACUCCAACUGUGACUCCUACUACAUGGCCAUAGACAUGAGAAGCUUCCAUUUUGUAACAAGGGACACAGAAUCAUUCGUCUCACAAUAACUCUUGAUUUUUAUUUUUGUUUUAAAUUCUUUAUUAAGAUUUAUAAACUACACUAACAGUUGUUUUGGUUUUUUUUCUCUGAGCCAUUCGGGAGUAAAUGGUUUUCUGUUGAAGAAAACACAAUUUCUUGAUAUAUCAAUUCUUACACCUAUCACAUCCUAGGUUAUGUGCAAAGCACAUCAAAGGAUCGAGAUCUGGUUGACCUUCUUCUGAGUCACAUACUGGGUUACGACAUUUUGUCCAUCCUAUUCUGGUCACAAACAGAGUUAUGGCCCUUUGUCCAUCUUCUUCUGGGUCACAUACAGGGUUACAACAUUUUAUCCAUCCUAUUCUGGUCACAUACAGAGUUAUGGCCCUUUGUCCAUCUUCUUCUGAGUCACACACAGAGUUAUGGCCCUUUGUCCAUCCUCUUCUGGGUCACAUACAGGGUUAUGGCAUUUUGUCCAUCCUACUCUGGUCACAUACAGAGUUAUGGCCCUUUGUCCAUCCUCUUCUGGGUCACAUACAGAAUCAUGGCCCUUGGUGUGUUUGGUAGUGAAAUCAAUGAAACAUCUAAAAUUACACCAAACAUCCAGUAAAAAUUGUUUUGAUUCAGCUACGUAUGUGAAAUCGUCAAAAACUUUUACCAGUUGACAAAUUACCUCCCUCCAAUAAUCUUCCAAUACCAAAAAUGUGUCUGUAGGGGGUAUUUGAUUGUGCUCCAGUAAGUCUGUGCAUCUGUCUCUACUAUGGUUUAGUGGUGUAUUUUGGUAUGAAGUGGUUUCCAUUUCUCUGGCAGGGUGUGUGGGAUAUUGACAGCUACAUUUGUAUGUCUCCUCGUUAUCAUGAUUGAAUGUUUUAACAAUAGGCAUUGUAAACAAGAAAACCUAACCACUGAAACUUUACAUGGUUCAUUAAAGGGUGUGUUGUGUGGAGGCCAUGUUUUACAUGAUGACCGAUAUUAUCGUUCUAUGAUUUCCUUAUGUAAACAUUUGCUUCAUAUAUUGAUAUAUUUUUCAGAAGUCUUUUGUAUAUUUCUAUUUUGUUUAGAUAUCAUGUGUGUUAUGUUAGGUUUUGUUGGUUGAGAAUGACAAUUAUGUGUUAUGAUUAAUUAUCUAUUGAUAUAAUAUACUUGAUGAAAUGAUUUAAUAUUUAUUCUUGAAUGUUCUCUAAUGAUGAGCUGACAAGUACUGACUAUAGUCAGCAAACAUUUAGUCAUGUAGGCAUUACACCAGUAACUAACUCCAGAGAGGGAGAAUUCUGGGUUUUCCUAGUUCACUGUUACCAAGGUGCUCUUCCUCCAUAGAGCAACUGUUCCCCAACUCCUGUCAAUCAAGUCCCUUGUCAUGAAUGAACUAAUGCUGGACAUAGUCCAAAUUUUUGUAUUAUCAUACUAUGUCUGACAAUCAUAGCUAGUUUGUAUAGUAGUCGGCGAGUUUCUGGAAUGAUUGUAUGGUAGUCAGAGAGUUUCUGGAAUGAUUGUAUGGUAUUCAGAGAGUCACUGGAAUGAUACAUAUUUUUUGUGUAUGUAAGUGAAGUACUUUGCAAGUGUUUUUAAUUGUCAGUUUGUUAUUGAUGUGCACGGCGUCUGAUGGUAAUAACUUAUAACAGAAUUUGAUUUCUGUAUUCUAUACCUAUUCAAUCCCUCUGAAAAUAAUCAUGUACCAGAAGUCUUUUUCACUGUGGACAUUUUGAAAACUCAAAAAAAAAAAAAAAAAAAGGAUGUCCGAAAA